AUGUCUUCUUUAGGUCAUGAGGGAUUGCCCCCUAUCCCCAAGAUCGAUGGUGAUGUCGACCUUAUGCUAGACGUGUUCACGCACCAGUCCCUUCGAUUAAAUCCGGUCAUGAACCACGAUUAUGGUGAUAGCGACCGCCUUGCGGAAUUAGGAUCCAAAGUUCUUGAUAUGGUGGUCACCUAUCAUCUUUUCUCUGGAAGGCCUUUGUUGACCGCUCGCGAUAUCGAGAUUAGGAAAGCAGAAGUCGUGUCAGAUGAAAAUAUCGACUCGUGGCUCAAGGCGUAUGGCCUCAAGGAAAAACUCCGUAUUUCUCCUGAUAAAGUUGAGGUUUUGCAGGAUCCACAGGAACUGCGCAAAUACUUCUGCACAUACAUAGGCGCCCUUUAUAUCCGUAAUGGUCUUGCUGUAAUUCAGACCUGGAUAUCUUGUUUGAUUGAUCCUGGCGUUGAUGUCAAGCUCCCUGACGCAGCAUCUCCCAGUAUCCAUAGUAGUUCUCCGCCACCGAGCCAUGUCGGUUACCAAGGUUCCUUUUCAACCGCAAGUUAUUCGUCCCCUCCUUCUAGUCAAUCCAGUAUGGGAGGUUUUGCAAGUCCUCCUCCUGCACCUCCUGUUUCUAUAUAUGCACCUCAGCCCUCGUUCCCUCCUCCUCCUCUUCCAGGAAAUCCGCCGACAACUGUACCUUCAUCGAUGAGCCUGGUAACGUUGGCUCUCGUGAACCAGACUGCAGCUCAGAAAGGCCUUCAAGUGACCUAUGCAGCAGAUCAAGUUGGACCCUCUCACCAGCCUACCUGGACCGUCAAGUGCUUUAUCAACGGAGUCGAAUAUGGCCGCGGUAUUGGCAAGAGCCAGAAGAUAGCAAAGGAAGAAGCGGCUAAACAAGCUUGGACGACUAUGGGAUGGGGACCUUCUUAG